AGCAUCUGAGGAUAUCUCCAAAGCCAACAUUAGAGUAGUCAGUGUGCGGCUGGUGUAGUCAGCAUGGCCGUGUCAGUAAACACUGGCCGGCGCCAUGUAGGUAGAGUUGAUGUUUCACGUGUCCGUGGAAUAAACAUUCCAGGUUCUCAUGCAGGCUUUGGAGGUGCUGGUGCGAACGCAUACAUUGACAGCUUAGAGCAGCUCAAAGUAUUUCCUCUAAUCCGCCAGGAACGUUUAAAACGAGCUGCACGGAAAGCGAGAGCCUCACACGGAUCUGAGGUCCCGUCGUGCGAGCACGAUGAUAUUCCUCAUGGACCUCCAGAUGAUGCUGCUGGACGUCAUCUACUUCAUCCUGCGUAACAGCGUACGAGCCGUCCUGCGUCCGCGCAUCAAGUCCAUCGAAGGCGAGCUGGUGCUGAUCACGGGCUCCGGAGGCGGCCUGGGUCGCCUUUUCGCCCGGGAGUUCAGCAAGCGAGGAGCAGAGGUGGUGCUGUGGGACGUGGACGCCGCCGCCAACGAGCGCACGGCACGGCUGGUGCGCGAGGCCGGGGGCAAGGCGUACGCCUACACGGUGGAUGUGAGCCAAAGGGAGGACGUGUAUCGAGUCGCCGACUCAGUGAGGAAGGACCUGGGUCGACAUGUCACGGUGCUGGUCAACAACGCCGGGGUGGUGGCCGGACGGCGCCUGCUGGAAUGUCCCGAUGACCUCAUCGAGACCACCUUGAAGGUCAACUGUCACGCUCUCUUCUGGACGGUGAAGGCCUUCCUGCCCCAGAUGAAGGCCCAGAAUCACGGCCACAUCGUGACCAUCGCCAGCGUCCUUGGCCUCUUCAGCACAGCCUGCGUGGAGGACUACUGCGCCAGUAAGUUUGCCGCCGUGGGUUUCCACGAGUCUCUGGCUCACGAGCUGCUGGCCGAGGGGGCGGAGGGCGUGAAGACGACGCUGGUGUGUCCGUACAUCGUCAACACGGGCAUGUUUGAAGGCUGCAGGAUAAGGGAGGAAGUGGAGAUGGUCCUGCCCCCGUUGGAGCCCGAGUACUGCGUGGAUCAGGCGAUGAACGCCAUCCUGAUAGACCAGCCUCUGGUGUGCAUCCCUCGCCUCACGUACCUGCCCUUCCUCUCCAGAGCGCUGUUGCCGUGGGAAUCCAACGUGGUCACGUAUCGGUUCAUGGGAUCGGACAAGUGCAUGUAUCCGUUCAUGGACGCCAAGAAGAAACACACGCCAAACGGCCUCAAGUCGGGCUCGGAAGCGGUCCCGUCCCAACAAAGCAGAUGACGUUUUUAUUCCAAGGCUCUUCCUGUCAUGUCGGAUGGAAUGGUGAAUGCUGUCGCUCAAUAAAGUCUGGGAUGUAACAAUCUGGCAACACAAGCAUGGUUGGAACUAACACUUCAUUUCAUUUCCAAGCCCAACGCAUAAGGAGUCAAAUUUGGGCUGGUAUCGCUGAUUUUAUUGUAAUAUAAAA